AUGCAGCCUCCAUCCACCACACAGCCUCCUGUGGGAGACGCAUCACUCCUAUCAGCUAUGCUUGCCUCGGCGGGCAACAACCAGAUCGACAUUGCAGCCCUCUUGGGCAUGGCUCCCACUAUCAACACUCCCGGAACGCCCGUUGGCCAGACGCGUUACGGCCGCACCGUUCGUGCACCCCCGGCCACUCCCGGCACUGCAGCGAUGGCAAUGGCGGCAGAAUUGGGAUCGCCCAGACCGGUAGUAGCUCCACCUUCAGCCCCACAGAGCGUGAGAGCAGCUGCGGUGGCAAUGACACGCACCCCCAGCUCCACCAGUGAGGCGACGGGCAUGUCUCGCGAAACGUCGCUGUCGACAUCCCCCGCCCCUCCUGUCACUGCGUCCCAAACGAGCGCCAAAUCUAAGCGGACUGUGCGCAUUGCAUCUCCCGCUGUCACUGCGGAGCCGCUGCCUGCCGCCCCCAGGAAGCGUGGACGUCCAAAGAAGGUUGUCAGUGAAGCCAAUGCUGAGGCUCCGGACGCGACAGUCCAGCGCAGAAGCCGCGGCCGUCCAAGGACAAAUAACCCAGAGGACCGCAAGGACUUGAACAAGGAAUCUGCCCGCAGGAGUCGAGUGAAGAAGAAGGAGGAAUUCGAGGCCCUGAGGAACCUCGUCGAGGCGCAAGAGAAGCAGAUCAACAGCAUGCGCCAACAUUGCGACCACCUGGAGGACCAUAUUGAGCUCCUCCAAAAGACGAUCAAGGUCAACAACAUGCCCGUUCCGCCGCGCACUGUAAACCGCUGGGUAGAUGAGCUGGACGAGGGCGAAGAGUACCCAGAGAAUCCGACUAGGUAUCCCCAGUCCUCAACUGGAGUUGCUCAGCCGAGGCAGCCAUUGGAGCCUGUCUCUGUCCCGCAACCCGCACCGACGCCAGUGCCACAAGACUCUUCCAACCCCGGCAACCCCUGGCACCCCAGUCCUGGUGUCAGAGGCAGUGCCCAGUCUACCCCAUCACAUGUCGCUCCCCCCUUUACUUCCCGCCACACUCCCCAUGCGGUCAGCUCGCCCGUUUCGCAUGUGCGCGGUAGCGUGCACGAGACAGCGUCCACGCCCACCUCGUCAGCGCGUGACGAACCGGGAGCGUACUCUCCGGCUGCACGCCCGCAUGCUCGUGACGGCAGGGCCAACGCCUUCCACCCGAAGGCAACCUUCUCCACCACCCCAGCCAUGCCCAACAGCCUGCCCUCCGUCCCCAACCCGCUCGACGCGCCCACGGUGGUCGGCGAUUUUGUGGGUGGAGACGACUACGAUACCAUGUCCAUCUCUGCCCUCUUCGACCUCGAUGCGGCAAUGGAGGAGGACGACCCGAACGACACCAACUUUGUCCCGCCCACCAGUCCCAAGCACGACGGCUCAGAUUACGAGAGCGAUUUCGAAGAGGAACAGCCUUCACGCAAGCGUGCUCGUACCGAGUCUGAUUCAGAGGACGACGAAGAGGACGCAUUGGAGAUCGAAGUCCACUACGACGACGACGAAGAAGAGGAAGACCUGUUCAUGCCCAUCGAGGACGUGCCGCACCCAGACCCAGCCGACCCCGAGACGGACAACCGUAUCGCAGGGGUCAUGGCUGCCCUGAAGGUACACACGUACAAGGAGCUGCGAGACAAGCUCGCCGGUAUGGUGAAUCAACAGAGCAGCCUGGCCCCGGAACAGGUCGAGAUGGUCCGCCGUCUCUUGCUUGUGGCUAGGAGUAAUGCCGAACAUGAAGGCCAGCAAGGUAGCGCGGGUGACGACGGCGGCGAGAUGUUUGAGGCAGAGGGCGAAGAGGUGGACGAGGAGGUCGAUGACGACGAGGAGGAUGGUGAAGAGUAG